AACCGCAAAAUAAAUUUUUAAAUGCGAUAUUGAAAAAUUUCGUAAAUUGCUUUUUACUUACCACACUUUGUGAACGCAUAAUUGAAAAAUAAAAAUGUCAUUGGCAUUGUCCAAUUUAACGAGCAACGGUGUCGAUGGCAACACAAUAACCACAAUGCAAUCAACAACACCAACAACCAUCACAAUCGGGCACGCAAAUACAAAUACAAAUACAAGCAAUACCAAUAUUGGCAACACUGAAUUGAAUGUUGGUGUCAUGCCGGCCAUUAUAAAUUUGAAUUUGAAUGGCAGCAUUGGCAUUGCACCCAUGAAUAGCAGCAAUAUCAGUGGCAAUGCAGUGACCGCAUUCGUCAAUGGGACUGGUAUCAUUGGUGGCAUUGGUAUUGCCAGCAAUGAUAACAACAACAAUAUGGAUAAUACAAGCGAAGAGUCCAAUCCGGUAACAAUUUACAGGUGCCGGGCCCCAAUAGCGUCACUAGACUGUAUGGAGGAGUUCAGUGGUACGGGAGGUCAUCUUGAUUUCGGCCGCUCUAUAAGCCUCGGCUCCAAUCCGGCGCUACCGCUGAGGCAUGGUUCAACGCCUACGCCGGGCUUACGUUAUAAGAAUCUAGGCAAAAGUGGUUUACGUGUAUCAAAUGUUGGCUUAGGUACAUGGCCUGUUUUUUCGCCGGGUGUCAGCGAUGAGCAAGCAGAAGCAAUACUCAAAUUGGCCAUUGAGAGUGGUAUUAAUCUGUUUGAUAUAUCGGAAGCGCACUCGGAGACCGAAAUUGGUAAAAUACUACAACGCACGGGUUGGAAGCGUACAGCUUAUGUUAUUACAACAAAAGUUUAUUGGAGCACAAAAUCCGAUGAACGUGGUCUUUCCCGUAAACAUAUAAUUGAAUGCGUAAAGGCUAGUCUACAGCGCUUACAACUGCAAUACAUCGAUAUUGUUAUUAUACAUAAAGCCGAUGCCAUGUGCCCCAUGGAAGAAGUUGUACGUGCCAUGAACUACGUUAUACAACAAGGUUGGGCUAUGUACUGGGGUACGGCACGUUGGUCACAAGUUGAAAUUAUGGAAGCAUAUACCAACUGCCGUCAGUUCAAUUGCAUUACGCCAAUUGUCGAACAAUCUGAAUAUCAUAUGUUCUGUCGUGAGAAAUGUGAACUAUAUUUACCAGAAAUGUAUAAUAAAAUUGGUGUGGGUCUAAUGGCUUGGGGACCACUAUCAAUGGCUUUAAGUGAUACACAAAAUGGUGAGAAAAUAUUUUUGCCAAAAGGUUCAUUUAAAACAAAAAGUCAAAGCUAUUCCUGGACUGAAGAUGAAGUUAAUCGUAAUGCCGCAUUAUCACCUCAAGGUAGUUGGGGCAAGGAUCGCAUCGAGGAAGGUCGUAGACAUUGUGAUCGAUUAAGAGAUCUUGCUGCUUUAGCAGAGAAAUUAGGCUGUAGCCCCGCGCAGCUCUCUAUUGCUUGGUCACUUAAACAUGAACCAGUGCAAUGCUUACUUUUGGGUGCUACAUCAGCAGAGCAAUUGCAUCAGAGUUUGCAGUCUCUGCAGCUACUGCCACGCCUUUCGACAAGCGUUAUGUUGGAACUUGAACGCAUACUCGAAAAUAAACCGGUACGACCGCCAAUGAUAUCAACGUUGGCCCUUCGGUGACAAUCAGCGUUCCCCCAGGGCCCAC